CUCUCUCACACACCCACUCUGUCCUUACUUUACAGUGUUCCACUCUGCCACUCCAAACCAUUUCGCAAUCCUACUCUCUUCCAUGGAUUCCUUCAACUUCCCCAACCUUCCACCCCACAAAGCCACCCCUAUCCCCACCCACCACCUCUUCUCCGCCCUAACCAAAGCGCUUCGCAUUCUCGAACUCUGCCUCGCUCUGCUCAUCCUCUCCUGGACCCUCCCUCGCCUUCCCUUCGCUCUCUCCCUCCUCCGCCAAUUCUCUCUCUUCCUCUCCAGCCCUCUCUUCGUCUUCUUCCUCUCCAACGCCAUCAUAGCCACCCUCGUCGCUAAAUCCGGUCGCUCCUCCCGCCCCGGCUCCACUCCCGAUGCCGACGCCCAAAUUUACCACGAGCUCCUCAAAAACAGCGCGCACCGUACCGCGCCUGCGCCCGAAGCUGAUCCUGAUCCUCUCUUGCGUGUCGCGGGAGGGGAGGUGGUGUAUCAGGACAAAGAGAUUGUCUCCGAGACCAAUUCCACGGAUCGUACGUCUCAGGAUAAAGCUGACACCGUCGCCAUUAAGGACACGGAUUCGAAAGCCGGGCUAGAUUCUGAUUUUGCCAAAGUGUACCGGAGGACUCAGUCGGAAAAGUUGAAGGAAGAGUGUCCGGAGCGGACGCAACAGAAACUCCGGCGAUCGGAGACGGAGAAGAAGCACAUGGAAAAUGGGCGGGAGAGUAUGUAUCCUCAGGAUAACCUGAGCAAUGAAGAGUUCCAGCGCACCAUAGAGGCAUUCAUUGCCAAGCAAAUGAGAUUUCUGAGGGAAGAAUCGCUGGCCAUUGUUAUUCAGAACCAGAGCUAAAUGGGUGCCUACAAUUAAUUAGUGAUAGAAACUAGAAACUGAGAAUGAGAAUGAAGAGUUCGAAAUCUAGAUAUCUGGUGUACUUGCUUUCCUUUUCCCUUUCACUCUUUUCCUGGGGUAAGACAGACAAUUACUCCUCCAUCUUAAUGCCUUCCACCUAUCCCCACUGCAUCGUACACUGUUAAUUUCUCGAUCUAAUUGAAUACCGAAAUUAAAUAUUCUUAACAAUGCCCGUUUUCUGUA